AUUAUUAAAUCGCUUAUCCGGUCAGUGUUAGCGCCCUUCAUGCGUUGGAACCCGUUCGCUGCGCCACCUCCCCCGCCUGAGAAUGCAUCGCUGCUCGGUCGCAUGCAGGAGCUGGCGAGUCGUGAGCUCGUAACAACGCGUGCGUUGCUCACGGACUUCCAGGAGUUCAUCCAGCAGGGCAACAUGCUUAACAUGGCGGUGGGUCUCAUCCUGGGGUCGUCUUUCUCCGCUAUUCUCAACUCCUUAGUUGUGGACAUUCUAUCGCCGAUCAUCAGCCUAUUCACAGAACGAGGGAUUGCGAACCACUACUGGCCCGUACGAUGUCCGUCAACGACCCCCGAGUGCUCAGGAGAUACCUGGCAAACGUGGAAGGAAGCUCGAGAUGCAGGUGCCGUGACCAUCAACUACGGGUUGUUCAUUGAAAACAUCAUCAAUUUCAUCAUCAACGCUCUCUUCCUGUUCAUUGCUGUCAAGAAAGCAUUGGAGUUCGUCUUCAAACUCAAAGUGGGUGUCAAGAAGCAGUGCCCUUACUGCAAGGAGUUUGUCAAAGGUGCUGCCACUCGAUGCAAAGACUGUGGAUCGGAUAUUAGUAACCAUCCGAGCACUGGAGGAUAAACAAUGACCCAGACCUUUGGAUGAAACUCGGUAAAAACAGACAUUUCAUUUUGUC